UUAUUUGAGUUCAGCAAUUGGAGAGAAGUCAAAGUUGUUAAAUUGUAUUACUUGGGAAAACAUCAACGCAAUGGGAAAAACUUCCAAGGAUAAACGUGAUAUAUACUACCGCCUUGCUAAGGAAGAAGGCUGGCGGGCACGAAGUGCUUUUAAGCUGUUACAAAUCGAUGAACAAUUUCAUAUAUUAGAUGGAGUCACAAGAGCCGUUGAUUUAUGUGCGGCUCCUGGUAGCUGGUCUCAAGUUCUCUCGAAACGUUUGUACGAGAACAGCAAUGACAAGGAAAAGGUGAAGAUCAUUGCCGUUGAUCUGCAGGCCAUGGCCCCGUUAAACGGCAUCAUACAAAUCCAGGGAGACAUUACCAAAAUUCAAACAGCCCAAGCCAUUAUUGAUCAUUUUGGCGGAGAAGAUCUAAAAGCGCAAUUAGUUAUAUGUGAUGGAGCCCCAGAUGUAACCGGUCUUCAUGAUAUUGAUGAGUACAUACAAAGUCAAUUGUUGUUGGCUGCAUUAAGCAUAACAACUCACGUCUUAAUGCCGGGAGGAAAUUUUGUUGCCAAAAUAUUCCGGGGCAAAGAUACUAGCCUACUCUAUUCCCAAUUGAGAAUAUUUUUUGAAAAAGUUUCCAUUGCUAAACCGGCUAGUUCCAGAAAUUCUAGCAUAGAAGCCUUUGUGGUGUGUCAAAAUUACCGUUGUCCAGAUGGUUACAUACCGCAGAUGAUUAAUCCCAUGAUCGAUGAUGUUCAGGUCAUACAAAAUGCCACAGAAUCUGAAGUGAAUCGAACACUGAUACCAUUUGUUGUAUGUGGCGAUUUGAGAGGAUUCGAUUCAGAUAUGUCGUAUAGCUUAAAUCUGGAUGAUGAUUCGGAAUACACGUACCGUGAAGUUGUGCAGAAGCCCAUAUCUCCAGCUUAUAAGGAAAUUCUGGAAAAAUUAAAGAAUUGUUCCAUAAAACACAAGGCCAUAACAGUUAAACAUGACAAUGAAACAAAUAUGGAGGAGAGCGGAAAAUAGGUGAAGAUUGAGAUAAUGCAUUUGAACAAUAAAGUUAAAGCAAUCAAUUUUAAUCAAAGAAUAAAAAUGUUUAACAAUUUCCAAAUCCCUUAAAGAUAAGUAGCUCAAUUGAAUAAGGAAUUUAAAGGUAUAUCUUAUGCUUUUUAUCACCUCGGCCCUUUUAACAAAUAUCAAAUUGUUAAACAUUUUUUAGAGAUACAAACCGAAAAAUAUUUCUGAAAUCUAACACACUUAGUGCUGAAAAUAUCGUUUGGUUUUCUUUUAAUUAAAUUUAUAACAACAAUAUCUUUAGCUUAGCCAAUAAUUAACUAUAAAUAAUAAUUGUAUAUGUACAAAGUAUUUUCAAUUGAAGACAUAUUCUUUAAAUGAAUCUUUCGAUUCCUUUUUGGAAGAUAUUGAUGCGGACCCAGACUUUAAACCAUA